AUGAUUGACCAGGCUCUUACCAAUAUCAAAGUCAAAUCUCUUCCCAGAACAGCGAGGGGUAAGGUGAGAGACUUGUACGAAAUAGACUCGGAUACCCUCCUGUUUGUCGCAUCUGAUCGAAUUUCGGCGUAUGAUGUGGUCAUGGCAAAUGGAAUUCCAUCAAAAGGUGUACUUCUCACUUGUAUUUCUGAAUUCUGGUUCAAACUUUUGCCAACCCUAAUCCCCAAUCUACGCACCCAUUACGUCAGCCUGGACUUUCCAAGUAAUCUUUUACAAGAAGAGAGAAUGUCUCUUCGGAAUCGAUGCAUGCAAAUACGACGUCUCAAGGUUUUUCCUAUCGAGGCUAUUGUGCGAGGAUAUCUUACAGGCUCCGCAUGGUCCGAAUACAAGAUUCAUGGAACGGUACACAACAUACCAAUGCCUGUUGGCCUACAAAACUCAGAAGCUUUUCCUCAGGGUGCUAUUUACACGCCCAGUACUAAAGCGGCCGAGGGAGAUCAUGACGUGAACAUAACACCAGCACAGGCAGCUGAAAUUAUUGGCGACAAAUACGCUCGGGUUAUUGAAGAUCUGGCUAUUAAAUUAUAUACUAGUGCUCGUGAUUAUGCAGCUACUAGAGGCAUCAUUAUAGCUGAUACAAAGUUUGAGUUUGGCUUGGACGAAGAAACCGAUGAAAUAGUUUUAGUAGACGAAGUAUUAACCCCAGAUAGCAGCCGAUUCUGGGAUUUAGACAAGUAUAAGGUCGGACAAGAACAGACCAGUUACGACAAGCAAUUUGUAAGGAAUUGGCUAACAGAUCAGGGCCUAAGAGGAAAGCCUGAUGUAAUUAUCCCUGAUGAGGUGGUCAAGCAAACGACGGCAAGAUAUGUAGAAGCAUACCAUAAACUAACAGGAAGAUCAUGGGAGAGUAUCAUCUCGAACAACUACAGUGAAGGUAAGUUCAGUAUAUAG